UAAUUAGUCUCCAGCCGGUAGGACCGCUUCUAUGCCUCCCACGCGGCGUUUUAUUGUUUCGGUGUUUUGUGAUUCUACGCGUUUACCAUGAGCGGUUCGCUUUCGUAAUCAGCUCUAAGUAAUGUCUUUACUACUUUUUGCGCCGUUUUUAUUCCGAGCUGCUGCUGCGCACAGCUGCCUCCUUCGGGGUUUGCCGCAUUGAAGGCAACGCAGCGGAGAUUAGAAGUCAGAGUCAUCUUAAACAUGAUGCCAUGCGUUUCUUUUCUGCUGGUUUUUAUAUAAUCUGAGAAAAUAACUCCAGGUCCGGUUUGCCUGCCCGGAAUCAUUUUGGGACGAAGGACAUCUGGGAAGUCGAGACAGAAACACGCAGGGCAGCCUGAGACCAGACUGGACCGCUGAGCAGGUUACCUAUCAGAUAUUUUGUAUCUGAAACACUGAUAUUCCCUGUUAUGACUCAUGCCUGACACUUGCAUGAAAAUUUCAACAAAAGAGACUUCAGAGGAGCCUCGAGCAGCAGGGAAGAGACCGUGCCGGAUCAUGGGAAACCACAUCAGUAAAGACAAUCAUGGCUCUGCAGGAUCACCUUUAGAUUUUUACCACACGCCUCCCACUUCCCUGUCAGAGCCGGAGCUUGCUGCCAUGGCACUACCCUCCACGGCUUCACCUGAAAAGGCUACGCCACUCUCCUCCACCACCCCGGUGGCAGACUGGACACAGAAGAUAUCCGCUCCCUCAGAGUGGGCACUGAUCAGCGUAGACAAUGUCGCCUCUUUGGACACGAGUUCACCUGAUGCAGCAACGCAGGAGCCAUCCUGCAGUUUGGAGAGCCCAGGUUCACUUCCUCUGUCCAGAGAAGCGUCUUCAGAGCAGAGCUGGCAGGAGAGAGACAGCGGGAUGGAGCCGCAGGCUGUAGCAGAGAAGGCUGGAGAAGAGGUGACCUUGGUUUUACUCAGUCUGAUGCAUCACUACAGGGCUCCACUGGGCCUGACCCCCAACACUGACAUCACCACCGGAGCAGUCGAGAUGCUGAGGCGUUUAAUAACUGCACGAGAAGAGCUGGUCGAGGAGGUGGACAACCUCAAGGAGACGCUCAAGUCAGAGAGGUUGGAGUGGAAUCAGUUCCAGUGCGACCUACAGAUCGCCAUCUCUGUGGCUGACCGGCUGCGGAUGGAGUCGGAGCACGCUCUGGUUCUGCUCCAGGAGAACCACAGAGCUGUGGAGGAGCAGCUGUCCCAAGCCCUCGGCAGGCAGCAGGAGAUGGAGCGAGAGCUGGAGAGCCUGAGAGCCCAGUACAAAGACGUCUGCUGCAAACUCAUUGUGCAGCAGCAGCAGCAUCAAGCAGAGCUGGACGUCCUGAGGAACAUCUGCGGGCUGAAAGACGGACAAACAGACAAAAGGGUGGACAGAGAAGGGUCUGAGGGAGUUUACGAAGCAGAAACAGAAGAUGAGGCUGAAGCAAACAAAGAUGAUAAAAGUGAAGUUUCUGAUCUGGAAAAGGCAAACGGAGCAGAAGACCUGCAGCUGACUGGGAAAGGAGUUGCUGAGGGGUACAUACGCAGUCUGGCUGCUUUGGUGAAACGGAAAGGGGAAGAACGAGGACAAAAAGACCCAAGAAGGGUUGAGAUGCUGUCGGAAAGAUCCUGGAGUCUUUCUCGUCUUCCUCUUCAAAGUGAGGCUCCCAGUCCAAAUGGGACUUUACAAACGAGCACAACUUUACCUUUGUGCAAGAAAGAAGAGCCCUCUAAAGGGAGAAGGAUGGACCGCGUGCUGCAGAGACAAGACAGUUGGUCCAGUUUUCCUACAGGAAAACAAGAAGAUCAAAGCUCAGAAUCUAUCAAACCUCAGGACGGGUUCAGUGCUUUGCUGAGGCGCCACGGCGGCUCCAGGAGAAACUCUCUGCUGCGCUGGUGUCAGAAUCGCACCCAAGGCUACAAGAACAUUGAGAUUACUAAUUUCAGCACCAGCUGGGAUGACGGUUUGGCCUUCUGUGCAGUUUAUCACACCUUCUUACCCACUCACAUCCCCUACGACAGCCUCAGUCCAGCUGACAAGGAGGGAAACCUGGGCCUUGCUUUUAGGACCGGAGAGAGCGUGGGGAUCCCCGCAGCACUGACAGUGGAGGAGAUGCUGAAGGCGGACGGGCCGGACUGGCAGAGGGUGCUGGGAUACAUCGAGAACAUUUUCCGUCACUUUGAGAUGUGAAGUCAUGAUUCUGUCUCCUGCUGCUCCUCGUGUUUGAGAAUCAGGAUCUCAUCCGUCAGGAGUCGGCAGCUUCGUGAUUUUUAAACUCCAAGAUGUGUUAACUGGCUCCCAGUGGAGCACUUUUUUAUUUUCAUCCUCUGCAUCAGAACGGCUGCUGGGGAAAUGCAACAGGGUCACCACAAUGACAUGCUUGUGUCAUAUCACUGUAUGCAUUUAAAGCUAAACUGGGCACUUCUCAUCUUAUGUAGCAAAUCUGGGGUUUCACCUCUUUUAUAAUCACUGUGUGCACAUUUCUCUAACGCUCUUAACAGCAGAUGUAACUGCGAGCAAAUCUUUUAUAUUUUAAAGUCGUGCUUUAGCCAAUUAUACGCCGCAGUGGCUUUAUGACCAGCAGUUUAAAUGUACAUGUGUUAAAUGUUUUUUUUAAUGUAUUAAAGUACCUAUAUUAAAGCUUC